GGCAUCCUCCUCUUCCUCCCCCCUGAUGCACCGCCCUCUUCUCCACCAUCAUCAGUCCAUCAUCAGCCUCCAGCAGCUCUUCUCCCUGAUCGGAAUGUAAGCCGUGUGUCUUUAUUCCCAGCCCGGUUCCGCUCCCGGAUGGAUGGAUGGUUGAUCAGGGUUGGGAUCCGCCGCCCCUGCAGCCUGCUGGGGACUCGGGGGAUGGGGGCUCUGCAGGGCCCCAGGGCCGCGCUGUGAAGGUGGAGGAGACGCGUCCAGCUGUGGGGGAAGAUGGUGAAGCCGCUCACCUGAGCACCGCUCCAUAACCUCCCUUCUUCCUCACCUCCCACCCUCCUGUUCUGGUUGCCGCCCAUUGCCAUGACGACCACCCCGGAGACGAUGCUGCUGCCUCCGGACCAGGGGCUGAGCCCCGAGCGGCUGGACGCCUGUGAGCGCGCUGACGGGCGCUACACGGUGGUCCCCUCCGUGGUCUGCUCCAUGUGCUGCCUCUUUGGCAUCAUCUACUGUUUCUUUGGCUACCGCUGCUUCAAGGCGGUGAUGUUCCUGACGGGCCUGAUGUUCGGCUCCGUGGUCAUCUUCAUGCUCUGCUACAAGGAGCGCGUGCUGGACACCCAGCUGAGCGUGGAGGCCUCUGUUGGCAUCGGGCUGGGCAUCGGGACGCUCUGCGGCCUGGUCACCAUGCUGGUUCGCAGCGUGGGCCUCUUCAUGGUGGGCCUGCUGCUGGGCCUGCUGGUGGGCGUGGCCACGCUGGUGGGCAUGGUGGAGCUUUCUGAGAACCCGUCGCGCUCCGUCUGGGUGCCCCUGGGCGUGCUGCUUGGGCUGGGCAUGCUGUUCGCCGUGCUGACGCUGCAGUGGCAGCGCCUCUUCACCACCAUGUCCACGGCCGUGUUUGGUGCUGCCGUCAUCACUGUGGCGUUGGACUACUUCGUGGAGCUCUUUGCGCUCAUGUUUUACUUUUAUGAGCGGAUUAAGGUGGAGCCGGGGAAGCCGGUGUGCUGGAUGACGUGGUUGGUGCUGGGAGUGUGGCCCUCCCUCACCCUGCUGGGGGUCAUAGUGCAGUGGAAGGUGACUGCUGAGGGAUACUCCCACACCAAAGUAAUCAUCAGCCGGCAGCAGAGGAGGAUGCAGGUGAUGCGAAUUCGUCAGCGAGACGACCGCUACCGCAACAAGAAGAAGAAAAAGCAGCAACAAGGCUCCUCCCACCAUAACCAGGCCAAGCAGCUCAAUGCAGAGCCCGCCUACCGCCGCAAGCCCAACCCCAUCCGCCGCUACGACACCGACGUCCUGUCGCCGAGUUACAUCCAGAGUUUCCGGGACCGGCAGGUUCAGGCGCAGCCCUUCCCGGGCCGACUGGUGGGAGGCUCUCACGCUGUGGUGGAGAUGGGCUACGACUGCGGCUCCACGACGCCGCUCACCGGGGCAGCAGGUCCUCCUCUACGAGCCUGACCAAUCCUCCACCUCCCAGAGGUUUGAUCAGGGAGGCAGCUGACUCUACAAUCACUAAACUAACCACAGGAUUGGAAAUGCAACCACCUUAGAUUUAGCCACUUACCUAACAAGAAGAAUUCCCCUGCACACAUUAAAUCCUUACUGGUUCAUUAACCUCAGCUGGCUGUGGUCACUAUGGUACAUAUGAUGAAUUAACCGCAUCUUUUUUAAGACAAAAUGCACAAAAAAAUACAUAAAAACACUGAAAACAAACAUACUUUGCAUCUAAAACCCUGAAGAAUGACCUGAAGGAGCCGACUGAACCGAUUCUCUGAGAUUUCUGGUAGUUUCAAUGCAAAACCAGCUCAGGUUCUAACAUAAGACCAACCUAAACCCAACUCUGCUUCAUUGUUCUGUCUUUCUACCGACGCUGGAGGAGCAACCAGCUUCUCAACCUCUUUAUUGCAUCAGUUAAAGGACAGCUAAACACAACUGGAAACACUUUCUGUGCCAUCUGGAACACAACAACCCUCUUUAAAACCAGAAGAGACAUCUUUUCUUUACUUUUAUGUCGGGGGAACCCUUUGUCACCCUUGGUGCUGGACAGUAAUCUUCUACAAGUGUCAAACUGCUCUCAGAAAACCGGGGAAUCUCUUUAAAUGGGUGCCUCGCCUCCUGGGACUGCAGGGUUCAGCCAGCAGGAGGUUCUCAAUGGGAGGUUCCCCUUCAAUGUUUUGUUGAACGGAGACGGUAGCCAUGGCUACGCCAAACAGGGUUUAAGUAGCUUUGCUGUCUUCAUGACUGCAGAGAGAAACUACAGAGUUUUAUUUACACUGGCACCUCCAGCGCAUGUGGAAAAUAUGGAUCCUUGUUUUUCUACUUGAAAUAUUUAGAAACUGAAAUGGUCUGAAUAGAAAUAUAACAACAAUGACCCACAUUUUUGUUUGGCUCCAUAACUGAUUGUUCUAGUUGACGUUUUUUAGGUUUGUUUCCACUGUUGGACCAGAACCAGUGGUAGAGUUACUCCCCAGAAACACACUAAUAAGUAAUAUGAUAACGGUACUAAAACAUCUCUUCCAGUAAACGCUGAAUUUUGACCUUUUAUUUAGGACCAGAUGAUUUAUAAACACUGGUUUUCAUCAGUUAGCAUUUCAGUUCCUUCCCUUUUAUAACCAGGGAGACACGCAGGAAAUAAAAUAACAUUUUCCAUAAGGAUUUAUAAACACCAGCUUGAGAUUUUAAAGGGGCUGACAGUGUUUAUAAAUUCAGCCAUAGAUUGUGAUUACAGCCUAAACGGUACAAUGAAAAAUCAUGUUAAGAUCAGUGAGAAAUGUUUGAUUUUUUCUAUUUCAGAAAAGUUUUUUAGUUUGCAUUUAUUGGUAAUAAUGAUUCCCAUUUAUGUGUCUUUAUGCGGAUUAGCUUUUAAUGCAGGCUGCUACUGUUAGCCAAGAUAGCCAACCAGGAAAGUCAAUGAGCAACUCAAAAAGUUAGAUUUUUAUAAAACGAAGAAUAAUUUUAUUCUGAAAAAAUUGAUUGACAGAUGACCGUUGAUAUAUGAUUGGCCGAAUUUAGGUGUUCAGGCUGACGUAGAACUAACUGGC